UUUACGUUGCGGAGUCCCCGAAGUACUGAAGACAAAGACUAGAAGAGAAAGCGUUAUUCACUUCACGCAGUGAGGAAAUCUGGAAAGAUGGAGGAAGGCCAGAUAGGCAUAGUUCUCUCUCGAGCUUCUGAGCUUCGAUUGAAGAUCAAUAACUGUAUCGACAAAGCCAGGAUUCGCGAUGUUGAUGGUGAAGCUGAAGAUAAUCACUUUCGUUACCUCGACGAAGACGGUGAAGCAGAAGAUGAAGCCGAUAGUCUUUCCAAUAUUCGCGAUGCUCUCGAAUCUCUCGAGGAGCAGCUUGUUUCCUUGCAGGCUUUGCAGCAACAACAACGAUAUGAAAAGGAAGCAACACUAGCAGAGAUUGAUCACAGUCGUGAGGUUUUACUCAAGAAGCUCAAGGAGUACAAAGGAGAGGACCUAGAAGUGAUUCAUGAGGCCAAUGCCUUUGCUAGUGAGCCAGUUGAGCAGAAUGAUGAUCUCCUUCUUCCUCCCUAUCCAAGCCGACCUCCGGAUCCUUUGGUCUUCAACAAUGGUUAUCCGUCACACAACCCUUCUACAAGGAAGUUUGCUCGAAAUGGGGUCAUCACCGGUGAGUCCAUUCCUGAGGCUAAGGGUAUGGGUGAGGUGGAUGGAAAUCAAACUCAAAAACCUCUAAGAAGCUCACCAACAGGGUUGAAACUUGUUUUUAGUUUGGCAGCCAAGACAGCCCUUACUAUUGUUGGCGUGAUAUCUGUUCUAAACUUGGCUGGCUUUGAGCCAAGGCUUACGAGGAGGAGCACCCAGGUCAAGGUUCUGGAUCUGUUGCCAAGGCGAGCAAUAGAGGACAAUAGAAAUGAGAUUCAGUGCCCACCUGGGAAAGUUCUGGUUAUGGAAGAUGGGGAACCAAGAUGCCUUGUGAAAGAAAGGAUUGAAAUUCCAUUUGAGUCGGUUGUCAUGACACCAAAUGUAAAUUAUGGUUGUGGAUGUGAAGAGCAGGAGGCUCUAGUUGUCAAGUCAUGGGCUGUUAUGAAACCGAAUGCUGGAGAGUUGGGUAUGAAAAUGUUCUUGAGGAUCUUUGAGAUAGCACCAGUUGCGAAGACCCUGUUUUCAUUCUUGAAAGAUGCAGAGGGUCCUCUUGAACAUAAUCAAAAGCUCAAAACCCAUUCCGUCGCCGUCUUUGUCAUGGCAUGUGAAUCAGCGGUGCAACUAAGGAAGUCCGGAAAGCCAACGGCGAGAGAGUCAAGUAUAACCAAACUCGCCGCUACCCACAUCAAAUCCGGAGUGGUUGAUGCACAUUUCGAGGUAGUGAAGACUGCACUGUUAGAAACUAUAAAAGAUGCAGUUCCAGAGAUGUGGUCACCAGAGAUGCAGGUUCAGCUGCAGAGGGAGGACCGAACCUCACCACCGGCACCAUCAACGCAUGAUGGAAGCCACGCCUGCAAUACUGCUGCUUCAAACAUCACCAAGAUUUGUGUCCAACAAAAGUUAGUCCCAAGAUAUGGGCUGAAUCAGCAACCAACGAGACUUUCAUGGAUCAACAACAACAACAACAACAACAACAGGGAUGAAGAAGGAUCAAGGUUGUUCCAGCUUUUCUGUAAAAAAACAACUCUCACCAGACUUAAUAAAGGGGUGGAGAAGAAUGGAAGGUUUAUUAGAGUAAGAGCUUUCAGUGAAGAGCAGGAGGCUCUAGUUGUCAAGUCAUGGGCUGCCAUGAAACCCAAAGCUGGAGAUUUGAGUAUGCAAAUGUUCUUGAGGGUCUUUGAGAUAGCACCAACUGCGAAGAAGCUGUUUUCAUUCUUGAAAGAUGCAGAGGAUGGUCCUCUUGAACAUAAUCCAAAGCUCAAAGCCCAUGCCAUCCCCGUCUUUGUCAUGGCAUGUGAAUCAGCGGUGCAACUAAGGAAGGCCGGGAAGCCAACGGCGAGAAAGUCAAGUAUGACCGAUCUCGGCGCUGCCCACUUCAAAUACGGAAUCGUUGAUGAACAUUUUGAGGUAUUGAGGUUCGCCCUCUUAGAAACUAUAAAAGAAGCAGUUCCAGAGAUGUGGUCACCAGAGAUGAAGGGCGCAUGGGGAGAAGCUUAUGAUGAGCUUGUAGCAGCUAUAAAGAGAGAAAUGAAGCCCUCCACUUGAGAAAUUGAUUUCUCAAUAAUGUCUCUCCUUCACACCUCU